CGGCGGCGGUGGCGGCUAGUGCUCGGCGGCUCGGAUCGCGUUGGCCCGGCCCGGCCCGCACGGCGCUGGGCGCGGAGAACCGCCAUGCCGCCGCGGCGCAGCAUCGUGGAGGUGAAGGUGCUGGACGUGCAGAAGCGGCGCGUGCCCAACAAGCAUUAUGUCUACAUCAUCCGAGUCACGUGGUCCAGUGGCACCACAGAGGCCAUCUACCGGCGCUACAGCAAGUUCUUCGACCUUCAGAUGCAGAUGCUGGACAAGUUCCCCAUGGAAGGAGGACAGAAGGAUCCCAAGCAGAGGAUCAUUCCAUUUCUGCCAGGCAAAAUCCUCUUCCGCCGCAGCCACAUCCGGGACGUGGCUGUCAAGCGCCUGAUCCCGAUUGACGAGUACUGUAAGGCCCUGAUCCAGCUGCCGCCCUACAUCUCUCAGUGUGAUGAGGUACUGCAGUUUUUUGAGACAAGACCUGAGGACCUGAAUCCUCCCAAAGAGGAGCAUAUUGGGAAGAAGAAAUCAGGGAGUGACCUGACCUCAGUGGACCCCAUGGUCCUGGAGCAGUAUGUGGUGGUGGCAGAUUAUCAGAAGCAGGAGAGCUCAGAGAUCAGCCUCAGCGUGGGCCAAGUAGUGGACAUCAUUGAGAAGAAUGAGUCGGGUUGGUGGUUCGUCAGCACUGCUGAGGAGCAAGGCUGGGUCCCUGCGACCUGCCUCGAGGGCCAAGACGGUGGGCAAGAUGAGUUUUCCCUCCAGCCUGAGGAAGUCUCCUGGAGGUACUGCUCUCUGCCCCGGUCUGUGGGUCGCCGCCGGACUCUGGGGGACUUGUAUGCCAUCAGCUGGCGUCAAGAGGAGAAGUAUACGGUCAUCUACCCGUACACAGCUCGUGACCAGGACGAAAUGAACCUAGAGCGAGGGGCUGUGGUGGAGGUCAUCCAGAAGAACCUGGAAGGCUGGUGGAAGAUCAGGUUCCAGGGCAAAGAGGGCUGGGCCCCUGCUUCCUACCUAAAGAAGAGCAGUGGGGAGCCCUUGCCCCCAAAGCUGGGCCUCAGCUCAUCUGCCCACUCAGGGGCCCUCGACCUGGAUGGUGUUUCUCGGCAGCAGAAUGCUCUGGGCAGGGAGAAGGAGCUGCUCAACAACCAGAGGGAUGGCCGUUUUGAAAGUCGCCUGGUGCCAGAUGGUGACGUUAAGCAGAGAUCACCAAAGAUGAGGCAAAGACCCCCUCCUCGCCGGGACAUGACCAUUCCUCGAGGCCUCAACCUGCCGAAGCCUCCCAUCCCACCCCAGGUGGAAGAAGAGUAUUACACCAUUGCAGAGUUCCAGACCACCAUCCCAGACGGCAUCAGCUUCCAGGCCGGCCUGAAGGUCGAGGUGAUUGAGAAGAGUUUAAGUGGUUGGUGGUAUAUUCAGAUGGACGAUAAGGAGGGAUGGGCUCCAGCAACCUUCAUUGACAAGUACAAGAAGACCAGCAGUGCCUCAAGGCCCAACUUCCUGGCUCCCCUGCCUCAUGAGAUGACUCAGCUCCGGCUUGGGGAUGCAGCGGCAAUGGAGAACAGUCUGGGUCCAGAAGCAGUGGGGCCCUCCAGGCCCCUGCCGGAGGCACCACAUGGUGCUGUGGACUCUGGGAUGCUGUGGUCCAAAGACUGGAAAGGGGGAAAAGAGGCCCCAAGAAAGGCAUCUUCAGACCUGUCUGCAUCAGCAGGCUAUGAGGAGAUCUCAGACCCCACACAGGAGGAGAAGCCCAGCCUCCCUCCACGCAAAGAGUCCAUCAUCAAGUCCGAAGAGGAGCUGCUGGAGAGGGAGAGACAGAAGAUGGAGCCACUCCGGGGCUCCUCCCCCAAGCCACCUGGCAUGAUUUUGCCAAUGAUUCCAGCCAAGCAUGCCUCGCCGGCCCGGGACAGCAGGAAGCCAGAGCCCAAACCCGACAAAAGCAAGUUGUUCCCACUGAAAAACGACAUGGGACUGGAGUGCGGCCACAAGGUGCUGGCCAAGGAAGUGAAGAAGCCCAACCUCCGUCCCAUCCCCAGGUCCAAAGCCGAGCUGCCCGAGGAGAAGGCGGAAGCCACUCCCCAAAAUCUGUUCUUGAAGUCUAGACCUCAGGUUAGGCCCAAACCAACUCCUUCCCCCAAGACGGAGCCAGCUCAGAAGGAAGAUCAAGUGGACAUCUACAACCUCAGGAGCAAGCUCAGACCUGCCAAGUCCCAGGAGAAAGCCUUAUUGGAUGGGGAGAGCCACCAUGCUGCUGCGGGCCAGGACACAGCUCUCAGCCGAAGCUUCCUUCCAGCGGAGGGACCUGGCCGUGGUCAGGACAGGUCUGGCAGACAGGAUGGGCUGAGUCCAAAGGAGACACCCUGCAGAGCCCCUCCCAGGCCAGCCAAGACCACAGACCCUGCACCCAAAAAUUUGCCUAUGCCUGUCCAAGAAGCCACCCAGCAAAGACCCGUGGUCCCACCUCGGAGACCCCCACCCCCCAAGAAAACCUCCUCGUCACCGUUGUCGUGCAGGCCCCUCCCAGAGGUCAGAGGGCCACAGCGUGAAGCCAACGAAAGCAGGGCCGUGCCUGCCCCAGGCCGUGCCCUCCUCGUCCCUCCAAAAGCCAAACCCUUCCUAACCAACUCCUCGACGGGCCAGGACGACCUGCGAAGCAAAGGUGGGCUGGGGCCACGCCUGGCUGGCAAGGUGGGAGACAACAGAGAGAAAGCAGCCUCCUUCCUCAAUGCCGACGGCCCAAAGGACUCACUGUAUGUGGCUGUGGCCAACUUUGAAGGAGACGAAGACACCAGCAGCUUCCAAGAAGGGACAGUGUUUGAAGUCCGGGAGAAGAACAGCAGUGGCUGGUGGUUCUGCCAGGUCCUCAGCGGGGCUCCUUCCUGGGAAGGCUGGAUUCCUUCCAACUACCUCCGGAAGAAACCUUAGCUUCCCCACCCUGCCCGGAGACCCUGCAGUUCCUGCCGGCCUCUCCCACGUAUUUAAUAUGCAUCUUAAUUUAUCUGUCUCCACACAGUUUCAAGGAAGGGGGCCACUGGGGUGCUGUGGCUUCUUCCCUCCCAGAGUGGAGAAUGCUUGGUGCAGAGAUGUCCUGUCACCUGGGGUCUGAUUCUCCUGCUGUGGCACCCCCAAAAGGUUCGAAAGCCACAGCCUUUGCUAGGUAGAAAUCACAUCAACAUCUUUCUCUAUAGUAGCACCCGUCCGCCUAGUCCAUAGCAUUGUCACCUAGGAGCAGGACAGUGACACUCUCAGAUCUCCAGGACUGAGACCUGUCACCUGGAGAGCUUCCAGACUGCACCCCAGUGCUCAGAUGCGGCAUAGAGGGACCGCCCACACGGCCUGUGACAACUCGCUCUAAUGUCUCCAUGUUUCUGGAAGCCCGGUAGUGGCUUUGUUCAGUGUUCCCAGAAUGCCUGGUACCUGGAAGAACCGUGUCCUGAAGGAAUCAGCUUCCAGGCUUUCUGUUUCUAAGUCCUGCCCAGAUGCAGCUUCCGUGAAGUGAUCCUGGAGAUUCACUCACUCAUCCUGCCUCCCGUCCUGAAGGAGCAUGCCUCACUUCACUGCUGCAGCCUCUGGUCCAUCCAGGGCUUUUAAAUUACAAAAGCCUCCCAGUCCCACCUCCCCCAGUCCCUAAAACAAGUCUCCAAGUUUGUUUAAAUAAGGGGCCCUUCGCAAGGCAUACAGCCUGUGAGAGCUUUUUUGCCCAGUAGGUGCCAAACUGCCCUUGGCCUUUUGCCUUCAUAUCCAAAUCUUUCACCAGCCCCCACUAUUCUAUCACACCCAUUUUUUAGAUGAGGAAACGCAGGCUCUAUGGGCCCCAGGAUGUACCAGCUAGGAAGAGGAGGGGGAGGAGGUUUGAGUCCAGGCCUGCCUGAUUCCAGCACCCAUGUUCUUCUGGGAAGAACGAGCCGGUGAGGGAGGAGAUGCAGGUUGACUGGGUACCGGGGCAGAUGGCCUGGGGGCUUCCUCGUGGUAUGAGCAAGGGGACAGUAGUGACUGCCCUAGACUUGUGGCUGCUUCUCCGGGGCAGGGUAUGCCCUGGAUCCUUGGUAGCUGGCACAGAGCUUGUAGGCUGGCACCCCAUGUGGGGAAGGGGAAUACGGAGAGCUGAGGCAGUGUCUCUUGGUGGUUUAAAGAGGGCUCUGGUGGCCAAGGACCAGCAGCCGGCUCUGUGGUAAACUAAACAGAGCAGUAGUAGCCAAGACCCUUCAGUAGCCAAGACUCUUGCCCCUGGCAGGUGUGGCUUCCUGGAGAACUGCCCAGGGCAGCCCUUCCCUAUUUUGACUAAAUAGACUUAACUGGGACCUCAAGAGGCCUGCUUAGCUAUCACGGGGCUAAAAUCAGGACUCAGAUUUCUAGCCCCCAGCCCAGAGCAAGUUGUACCUAUGAACAGGUUUCCUGUAAAAGAGGGGUGGGGUUGAGAGGACAGAACUCCAUCUCAUCCCAAAGGCCCUGCAGAAGAGGCUGCCCUGUCCUGCUCUACGCCUACCCCAGAAACCUCUCACUCACACCACACCCUUUUUUUGUUAACCUGGGCUUUGGGAACCGCAAAGCCCCUUUUUCAAGAUGCUUGCAUCCUACCUGCAGUGCCAAAGAUUUUGCGCAAGCAGAUCUCUUCUGUGCCCCCACCCCUCCCCAGCCCCGUUUCUCUGACCCUCUGACCCAUGGUGGCACAUGGCUCUCUUCCUCUGCUCAGCCCACCCCCCCCAACCCCACCCCAGAGUACUGGGCCAGGGAAUGAGGCCCCUCCUGAAGGACAUUCCUGCUUAGUCUAUGCCCAGGGCCUCAGGAGAAAGAGGCAGUUAGGGAGAGGGGAGGCUGAGAGAGUCUUAGCACUUCUUCAAGGACACACACACACACACACACACACACACACACACACACACACACCACUGUGCAGGAAGCCUCGUAGCUUUUGUUUUGUUUUUUUGAGUUUCAACACCUUCACUUGAAUAGCUUUCAUGAAGCUGUUUUACAGGUCUUUGAAGAGGCAAAGUUUUUUUUUUUAUUUGAUUUUUUUUUUUUUGCAUUUUUGUUUUUGUUUUUCUUGUUUGCAUUUGACUAUCUGUAACCUUUUCAAGUAGUUUGCACGUCCCUACUUUGCAGCAGGUACUAGAAUUUGCCUUUUGUCCUAUCCUUGUGCUGAGGUGAACUGUAGGUAUGCAAGGUGCAUUCUCUGCUCACUGUCCUUUUCUUGGGUCACAUGCACAGCCUGGAGAUUUCUGUGGCAAGCUCCAUCAACCAUAGUGGUCAUCUUGCUCUGGUCAACUGGAAGUGAGUUGGUCUGCGGAGCCAGUGACUCACCCAGCCUCCCUUACCUGGGACUAAGCUUUUCAGCAUCCAGGAAUGGGGCCACUCCUCUGGGAUGGAGCAUGUACCAGACUCCCCUCCAUCCCUGCCUUGGAAAACUUCCAAGACCAUGGUAGCAGUGUCUGGACCAAUCACAGAUCAGAUCACCGACAGAAACCUGCCACCGCCCCCCUUAAUCUUCACAUCAGCCCCGUCAGAUGCCAAGGAUCAGCCCCAAUAUGUAAUGAGAAAGUUAAGAUGUGGAGGGUGAUGGCACAUCCAGCCUCGUCCAGAUACUGGCCACCAGCAGAGAAAUGUGUUUAGUCUUUGCAGGCAAUCAAGUGACCCAGUUUCUGAAUUUAGGUGUUGCCCCCACAAACCCCUGGCCAAAGAUUGGCCACAGACCCCUACAGAUGGGCCCUGCUCUCUGGCUCCACAACUGCGUUGUUUCUGCCUGAGAGCAAGUGGCCUGACCUCUGGAGACCUGGACUUGAAAACGGCCACUCGGUAAAAUGAGACUUGGCUUAUAUUUUCUGGCCAGAGUCACUCGUGGCCAUUUGUGUUUAUAUCAUGACCCCAGUCCAAGACCAGGGGAGGGAGGAAAUUUCUAGAGCCGUGCCAGGCAUUUUCAGCCUCUGCCACCAGACUUCUCCAUAGAGUAGAUUUCUGUGGCACAGUUCUUGACCUUAAACUGUUUCUAAACCCACUGGGGACUUGGGUAAUAGGUGGAAAGUAGGGGGCACAUGUGCCUCACUAAAGAACAGGUGCCAGAUCUCCCCAAGACUUAAGAAGGACAGUCCAGUGUUUAUCACCAAAUAUGUGCUCUAAGUUCGAGGAAGGAACCACCCCUACUGUCUAAAAGCUGCCGACUGGAGGUGCUGCACUGGCCCGCAUUCGUGGGGCCCCGGCUCCAUCCCAGCAUCACAGAUAACAUUAAUGGCGUAGCUCCUGUCCUACCAUUGAGCUCUUCAGUGCUGACAUAGUCUGCAUCUUGGGAAGCCUUGCCGUUUCUUUGAAUAGCGUGGCGAUCUCAGCUCCUUGGCUAGCUGUCUAAACUGUCCUUCAGGGUUUUUCUGUAUCUACAGACAGCCAUAUCCUACCACAGACCAAAGAUUCCCUGAAGCAGAGGGGUGUGGGCUGAAUGGGUAGGAAAUUAAUUUGCAGCUAGGCCUGAGGCCUUGCCUUCGCUUGGAAGAGUAGCUCCUGACUUGCUAGGGUUCAAGCAGCUGGACCGACCUGACCCCAAGCAGAGCUAUAGAGUUAAGACCAUGGUUCGUACUCCUCACCUGCUCAUGGGCCACCUUCUGAACAAACUUCCCCCAGACCAGAGCUCCCUGCUGUGUGGAGUGAUGCCUGGUCUCCGGUGCUAACUAUCGAGGUACCAAGCCCCUCGUAUGUGAGUGUUCCAUCUUCCUUCCCAUCUCCAUCCUCUUCUCCACAGUCGCAAUGAGGGCUCAGCUUUCAUCAAGACCAGACCCGGUGCCAUCCCAGCGGCCUUCACUCUCACGUCUAUGCUUCUAACAGCAAAGGUGCCCGCCAGGCUUACUACAGCAAUAAGCAAUUCUAAUGCAAUGGAGGUGUCCAUAUUACGCCUGCAAUGCCUUUGUGCCCUGUAAUUUCCGGUAGCACCUCUCUUACUGGGUGUGUGAUAAACCAUGGUCACCUUAGCCAUACCCAGUUGCUGUUCCAGGGCCACUGAGGAGCUCAGUUGGUUCUCACACCCCUCUAGGAACAGUGGGCUCUGGGCAGCAUGGCUCAUUGUGUGUGUCUGUCCAUAGAUGAUGCUGGGGACCCCUGGGUUCUCAGCCCGUCUCACACCCCCUAGGCCCACUGACAGAUCCUGGUGUUGGCUUUUGUUUCCCGUGAGUGUUAAAUGUGAGGGGGCAGGGGAUAAACACCUAGCUGUAGCAUGUAGAGACUGUACACCAUUAGACUUUUCUUUUUUAAAAUAAAAUAAAAUAAAAGCUUGACUGGUUUCAAGCUUCGUUGUAA